CCACUUUACAGACAGACACUGCAGGUUCCGACUGUCGCUCACGGAGCAGAAUCAGCUGAUUCACAGGAAAAGGGAACCGAUAAAUUCUGCACAAAGUCCUGGAUGCUCAGGGCUGAACAGGGGCCACUGGUACCGGAGCCGCAGACUCUUGCACUCAUCAAUGUGGGUUUCCUGCUGGUUCCGACAAUGUUUGGACCUGGAUUUGCCCUGCUCUGGGCGCUCAGCUGGACCUUUCCCCUGACUCGGGGGCAGCUGAGAUCGCAGUUCUGCAAUGACAGAACAGUCCUGAAGGUGGAGUCGUACUGCACUUCCUGCGCCGCAUCGACCAAAAUGCUCUGCCCAAAGGGCUCCACCAAGAUCACCUCCGGCAUGGGCACCCGAGGCUGCACUUACACGGUGGAUAUGGGGGGCCUAACGCUCUCGCUCCAGGGCUGCAGCCAUACCUGCCAGACUGUUGCCGUGACGCCAGCGUGCUGCAAAGGAUUCUGGGGAACCACCUGCACAGAGUGCCCAGGAGGGAAGAAACCAUGUGGCGGCCAUGGCACGUGCCAGGAUGGUAUAGGGGGCAAUGGGACUUGUAUAUGUAAAGUAAGUAGCCAUAUUCAUUGGGAUAGAUCAAUUAGUCCAAGUAGAUCCCAUCCACUGCCAUUCCAGCAUCCAGGUUCCAGCUCACCUCCUCAUAAAAGCUGUGUGUGUGAGCACUGGGAGAUCGGGGAUGGGACAAGAUGCUAUGGGACCAUAUUAAACCAGAUUUCGAAGCUCAAUAAAAUAUCUCCGCACACUUGGAAACUGACGGGAGCCCAGAGGAUAUUCGGUAAGGAAAGAGACAGUUCAGCCCAGAACCCCUGCAAAACGUCACCCUGCUCCGCACAUGCCACCUGUACCCCCGAGGGACCCCGCAAAUACACCUGCGCCUGUAAGGAGGGUUAUUUUGGGGACGGCAAGAUCUGCUCCCCUGUCAAUCCCUGCUCAGUGAAUUAUGGGGGCUGCCCCGAAAACUCUACCAAAUGUAUCUACCGGACCCCCGGAAAGUCCUAUUGUGCCUGUAAACCCGGAAUGAUCCAGCGAAGGGGCUCCAGCGACUGUUACGCCCACGGGGCCUGCACCCUGCACCCAUGUGAUAGUAGCGCCCAAUGCCAGCCCAGUGCGGCCGGAACCCCAACAGGAGGCUGUUCCCUGACUGUAAGGAAAUUCGGACCCCUCCACUGUGUUGUCCCUUACACCAAGCUGCGCAAUGUGAAUGAAACCUUUGCCAGGGAAUUCUGCAAACUCCAUACGGUACCGGGUCAGCACUUACUGUCCGACCUAAAGCCGCGCAGACUCUGGACUCUCAGUGGGGAAUUCCUGGCAAUUAACCAGAAGGAAUUGAGUUUGGAAUUCCGGCCGGACAUAAAGUUCAGGAUCCUGACGAGCGACCUCCCGGCGUCCAAUGGGAUUAUCCAUAUCAUCAAUGACAUCAUACAGAGCGAGGGAGGAGACGCUCCAGAAACUACUCAGGGGACCAUUGGGGAUAUUCUGGCCAAUAAUGAGGAGUUCAGCAGGUUUGAGACGUUGCUGGAGAACUGCGACUUGCCACCCAUAUUGAAUGAACGCGGUUCCUUUACUGUAUUUGUUCCAAGCAACGACGCCAUAGACGCACUGCGAGAUGGGAGGCUCAUUUAUCUCCUUACCAAGGCUAAGCGUAAGCUCUUGGAGUUAGUGAAGCAUCACAUUUUCUCCGUGGCGGCGGUCUCUGCUGAUAGGCUCCUCACUAUGCCGAAUAUAUUAACUUCUGCCAAUGAAAUCGUAAGGAUUAACAUCACGGAAGAUGGAAGAAUUACUUUGGGGGGAUCCAGCGUCCCUAUUGGACGAGCUGAUAUCGUGGCUUCCAAUGGCAUCAUCCAUACCCUAGAGGGCAUCCUCAUCCCUGACACCAUUUUGCCAAUUUUGCCCCCAUCCGGUCCGUGUUCCGACUGUGACUCUAUUGCCCCCUGCCCAGGCAACAGCACUGAUCCGGGAAUUGUGGUCCAGGGAUGCCGCCUGGGUGAGGGCACCAAUAGUUCCAAUGGCUGUGCCCGAAACUGCACCGUAACUGCCACGGAGUUGGGCUGCUGCAGUGGCUUCUAUGGGCCUGAGUGCCGGCAGUGCCCCGGGGGCUUCUCCUCUCCCUGCUACGGCCGGGGGGCUUGCAAUGAUGGGAUCCAUGGGAAUGGCGAGUGCGUCUGUUUUCCAAAGUUCAAAGGAAUCGCCUGUCACAUCUGUACUGAUCCAAACAAGCACGGGAGCGACUGUGACGAGGACUGCCCCUGUGUUCAUGGCAUUUGUGAUAACAGAUCCGGAAGCCGAGGGAUUUGCCAGGGGGGGCGCUGUAACCAGGGAUUCACUGGGGAAUUCUGUGACCAACGAGCAGAGCCCUGUGGGACAUCGGAGCUGACACUCUAUUGCCACCUGAACGCUGUCUGCGAAACUGAGGGAAAUGUCACAAGGUGCACGUGUGGGAAUGGAUACGAGGGAGAUGGAGUUUCUUGUCGCCCAGUAGACGCCUGUGGGGGGCCUGAGAGAGGGGGCUGCGCAGAUAAUGCCGUUUGUACCGUGGGCCGGGAUGGCACCGGGAGCUGCCAGUGUAACGCCGGUUGGACCGGAGACGGCAUCGUUUGUUUGCCCAUCGACAACUGUGUGCUGGGAAACAGGGGGGGCUGCCACCCAAACGCAGGGUGCAACUUUAUCCAACCGGGGCAGAAUGAUUGUACCUGUAUCGGGGGGUACGUGGGGGACGGGUAUUCCUGUGACCCAGUGGAUCUUUGCUUGGAGAACAAUGGCGGCUGCCAUGAGAUGGCUAAGUGUCAGUUUGUAGCAGGGGGAGAGAGAACGUGCACUUGCCCAGACGCACUCGGUGGUGAUGGCCUGACGUGCUAUGGAGACGUCCUGGUGGAGAUGCUGGGGAGGCAAGAGCUGACUGUGUUUAGCCAGUGGAUCAUGAAUUCCAGGACUGUGAUCCCAAAAGAAGGUGUUACUGCCAUGGUGCCGUCCAACGCAGCGAUAGAAGCACUUACUGACAAGCAGAAGACCUUUUGGGCCAAUCCUUAUAUGUUGCCUUUCCUAGUGAGGGGGCACUUCAUUCGCGGACAGUUUAAUUCCACCCAAUUGUGUGAGCGCAUUGGCCAGGAAACUGCCUCAUUGGAACCCAGAACCAAGUGGGAAAUCUUGUGUAUUAAUGGGAGCAUCAUGAUUGGCAACACAAGCGCCAUUUCCCAUGACAUCCCCGCCACCAACGGCUUCAUAUUUAUUAUUGAUAAGGUGCUACUGCCCCCUGUAGGCAAUAUCCCCCCUGCUCUGCCUAAAUUGGCACAGGUGUUGAAACAUAUUCCAGCAUUUGCAAAGUUUGCAGAAGCAUUACAGAAAUCGGGGCUGGUUCAGGAAAUUGAAUCAUCGGGGGGAAAGUUCACCAUCUUUGUUCCGGGGAAUUGGGCAGUGGAGAAGUUCUGCAAUGAUUCCGGCAUUGAGAGACUGGACAACAGCACAAUCAUAAAGUAUCACAUUGUCCUUGGGGAGAAGCUUUUCCCUGCGGCCUUGAAAAGUGGGGUCCACAAAGAAUCCAUGUUGGGCGUCUCCUUCCGACUGACCUUCUAUCAGCAGAACAACCAGACCUCCAUCCAUAACGUACCACUGGAGGGCCCCGUCUAUGAGACCCAGAAGGGAAUGCUGAUAGGAAUCUCCCAAGUUCUGCCGCUUCUGAGAAACCACUGUGACGUCACCAAAAGUCAUGUGACCAAGAGUCAGUGCGCCCCCUGUCUGCUGGGAAUCUCCUGCCCCACUGGCAACACUAUGGAGGAAUCCGAGGGGAAUUGUAGAUAUUUCCGGGGGGGCAGUUACGUGUCCGGCUGCAUCUUCCACUGUGUCAGAUCCUAUGUAGUAGAAGACUGCUGUGAGGGUUACUAUGGGCGCCAGUGUUUGCCCUGCCCGGGGGCAGCUGACGGCUUGUGCUCGGGGAAUGGCGAGUGCCAUGACGGUUGGGCUGGCAGUGGGGACUGUAUCUGUCGGGAGGGGUUUCAUGGAACUGCCUGUGAGACGUGCGAAUCAGGAAGAUACGGAACAGACUGCAAAUCAGACUGCGAGUGUAUCCAUGGGCGCUGCAACGAUGGGUUAAAUGGGGACGGCACGUGCCAGUGUGACAAGGGGUGGGCCGGCUAUACCUGCGAGAGGAAUAUAACAAAUGAUAAAUGCAAUGGUACCUGCAGCCUCAAUGCCAACUGCAUUGUUGGAACCAACAAUUCUACCCCAGUCUGUUCCUGCAUCGCCAGUUUCACAGGGAAUGGAACGCACUGCUCAGAAAUCAAUGUUUGUGAUAUAAACAAUGGCGGCUGCUCCCCAUACGCCAACUGCACGCGGGUUAUACCCGGGGUGGCGCAGUGCACUUGCCUGGACGGCUACAAUGGAGAUGGGAGGGUCUGUCUCGAAAACGAUGCCUGUCUGCAGCAUAACGGGGGUUGCCAUGCCAACGCCGAAUGCACCAAAACUGGGCCCAACAAGGUGGCCUGUAACUGCCGGGGGGGCUACGAAGGCGACGGGAUCGCGCGUUGCACUCAAAUCAACCUUUGCAGAGAGAACAAUGGCGGCUGCAGCCCCCUGGCCUUAUGUUUCCCCACAGGCCCGGCCCAGCGCCAAUGUUAUUGCCCAGGAAUGUAUUUAGGGGACGGACUUACCUGCAGGGGCACCGUUGAUAAGGAGCUGAGUGUGAAUCUGGACACGGCCGUGUUCCAUAAGUACCUGCAGGCGCAGAAGAUUCAGCUUGGGUCGGACAUUGGGAAUCUUACAGUCUUUGUGCCAUUGGGUCAGGUGUUUGGCAACAGCAGCGAGCUGGAGGAAUAUAAGAGCAAUGGGCAACUAUCGGAUUUACUGCUGGAGCACGUGAUUGGCUGUAAGGCUGUGUCUGUGGAUGAGCUGAAGGAGACCCAGUACCUGACGACGCUCAGAGGCGGGAGGCUCAUGGUUUCAGUAGAUAAGGGCGAGGUCUAUCUGAAUGGGCACGUCCGUCUGAUGAAUAAUUCUAUCGUCGCCAAGAACGGUUUGAUCCAUUUCAUUGAUGGGAUUCUGGUUCCAGAGAUCCGAAACUUCAGCCGCCAGCCCGUCAGGCCUCAUGAGCUCAAUAUAACCGAGGCGGCAGAAAUGUACGGAUAUUCCGUGUUCCUCCAACUUCUCCAGGAGUCUAAUCUGAUGCCCCUGGUGAGGGACAAAACCCACCACCCCUACACCCUGCUGUGGCCGACAGACGCCGCCUUCAACUCUCUCCCUGAGGAGCGAAAGAACUGGUUGUACCAUGAAAACCACCGGGACAAGCUGCUGGCCUACCUCAAGGGCCACAUGAUUCGGGCCAAGAAGAUCUCGGCCCCCAACCUCCAGGGGCAGCGGCCAUUACAGACUAUGCACGGGUCCAAGAUCCAGUUUGAGUGCAGCCGAGAGAUCACUGGGGAUAUUGUGGUGGGCGGAGCCAGAAUUAUCCAGCGCGACAUGGAGUUUGAUAUUGGAAUUGCCCAUGGAAUCGAUCAGCUAUUGGAACCUCCCGAUAUCGGAGCUCGAUGUGAUCAGCUGGUAACUACCGAGAUAAAGGCCUCCUAUCGCUGCGGCGUGUGUGGGUUUGAGCGGCCCUGUCCCUAUGGCACGACUGAUACCGGCAAAGUGGAGCUCUGCUCUCGGAGGCACUCCAGCCCCUUCUCUCUCAGGCAGCACUCUCCUUACUCCUCUCUCUUCCUGUCCCCUCGGCGCAGCUGUGUGCGGAAAUGCCUGUCUGUCUCAUGGAGACCCCAGUGCUGCAAGAACCACUAUGGGAGGGACUGCCAAGUCUGCCCCGGGGGGUUGGAAGCUCCAUGCAGCCGCCAUGGUGAGUGCAGCGACGGCUUCUCAGGGACCGGAGGGUGUAACUGCCAGGAAGGCUUCAAUGGCACGGCUUGUGAGGUGUGUGCCCCGGGCAGAUACGGUGCCAGCUGCACAGGAUGUACCUGCACCCCCAACGGGCAGUGCAACGAUGGCGUCUCUGGCGACGGCUUCUGUUUCUGUCAGGAGGGUUGGACUGGCGCCAACUGUGAGACCAAACUGGAUGUGAAACCAGUGUGCUCCCCGCCAUGUGAUACCCAAGCGACUUGCCGCCCCAACAAUACCUGUGAAUGCAACCCCCACUAUGAAGGCGAUGGAAGGAACUGCACCGUGAUUGACCAAUGUGCCCAAGAAAAUGGCGGCUGCAGUAGCCACGCCCAGUGCAUUCAGGUUGGCAUUCAGGUCUCGUGCAGAUGUUUCCCAGGUUACGAAGGCGACGGCUUUUAUUGCAGCCCCAUCGACCUCUGUGCCAAUGGGAACAAUGGAGGGUGCAGCCUUCGUGCCACUUGUGUCAAUAUGGGGCCGAGUAUCCGGAGGUGUGAGUGCCAUGAUGGUUACGUUGGGAAUGGGAUUCAGUGCUUGGAGAAAGCCGUCCCUCCCCUCGACCGAUGCCUGGAACGGAACGGGCGCUGCCACCCCCUCGCUGCCUGCGCCGACCUACACUAUCAAGAGAAAACGGGGGGAGUUUUCCACCUGCAGUCGCCUAAGGGGCCCUAUCGGCUGACGUACCCCGCGGCGGAGGAGGCCUGUGCCACACAAGGAGCCGCCAUAGCCACUUUCAGCCAACUGUCAGCUGCCCAGCAGCUGGGCAUGCAUGUGUGUAAGGUGGGAUGGCUGUACAACUGGACUGCUGGGUACCCUACCACCUACCCCCACCCCUCCUGCGGCGACGGCCAUGUUGGCAUUGUGGAUUACAAACAAAGGAACAACAGGAGCGAGACUUGGGAUGUCUUCUGCUUCCGGGUGCAAGACGUGCAGUGCUCUUGCCCCGAGGGGUAUGUGGGCGACGGAAGCUUCUGCAAUGGGAAUCUGCUGGAGGUUCUGGAGUCCAUGCCGCAUUGCUUCAUCUUUUACUCAAAGUUACUGGAAUAUGCCAAUGCCACCCAGGAAGGGGCUGAAUUUCUUGGGUUCCUUUCUAAUCGGACAUCGUAUAAAACAUUCUUUGUACCUGAGGAUGGGAGCUUCCAUAGCAACACGACUUUAUCAUGGAGAGAUCUAGAACAUCAUGUUUCCCAGAUGGACAUAAUGCUGAGCUAUGAAAAUCUGACUGAUGGAAGUUUUAUCCCAUCCAAGAUAGGAUCCAACCUGUCUAUUUCAGGACAUUUCUCUGCCAGUUGCGAGCAGUUUCAGUGUUCCAAGCUGGUCAACAACCGAGUCAUCGUUCAGUGGGACAUUCCGUCCUUUAACGGAAUCAUCCAUGUCAUUAAGGGGCCCUUGAGAGCGCCACUCAUACCGGAAGAGAGUGCCGGGCGGAUGUCUAACCCUGUGCCCGUGGCUCUAGUGGGCGCGCUGGGGGUCUCUCUGGCGCUCAUUGCAUUGGCAGUGGGGGGCUUCUAUUAUUACAAACAACACUCUGCAGGGUUCCAGUUCAGCUACAUUAAGGCUGAAACUGAGGAUGGAAGUCCCGGUGGGAAGAAAAUUCUGCCAUUGGUGUCAAUACCAAAUCCAGUGUAUGGAGACAGCGCCCUGAUUGAGCCGUUUGAGGAGGAGUCGGAUGACGGAGAAACCUCCGAUACCUGCAACAUCCUCGGCACCGACUGACGGACGACUCUCCGUUAACCCUAUAUUUGCCAUGGGGUGACUCUGUGCAAUUCACAUCAAGGAACUAACAUCCUACAAUCAACAUGGCAGCAAAGUCCCAUUGUGGGGGCUGAUUGGCGCCGGUGGGACCCCCCAGUCAAUCUGAUCCUCGUCAUUAAUGUUUGUGGAGUUUCAUUCUGAUUCAAUGUGUUUCCCGGUGUGGGGAAUGAAUGUGACCCCCCCCCCCCGUCAGUGGGAGGAACCAAUCAGUCCAAUCGCUCAACAGGGAUCGGACCAAAUGCAGUUUAUAGGGGGAUAUUGGUUUAACCGCAAUGAAAUGAUCUUUAUGGUGUUUCCUUCCCCAGAAUUCCCUGUAAUGAUUCUGAAUAAGUGAAUUCCUGGGUAACCCCCCCGAUCAUCCAAUAAUAAUAAUGGGAAAUGAUGAGUGACAGUUGCCCAUGGUUACGACUCCAUCAGUCUCCUUUGUGAUUGGCCCAUACUGCCCCUGUCUGAUUCUGCCCCCUCUCCUGUUACCCUCAAAUCUCUGUCCAACUGAGCUGCCCCUUUAUACCCUGCCGGGGGGCGGGGGCCCCAAAGCACUACUGAUCCGCUAAUGUUACUCGUUGAUUAACUGUGGCCUGAAAUCACUUGAUUGUAAAUGUCAUUUGUUUUAAUUAAAAAAAACCUUGAAUCUGUC